ACAGGUCCUUCGGGUCCCUCGGGUCCGGGGGUGCAGUCCUGGGUCAGACACCAAGGAACCCACACCAUGGUCUCCAGAAUGGACGGGGAGAUGGACAAGGGGCCCUCGGCCUGGCCAGCGCUGCUCUUCCUGGCCCUGGCCCUGGCCCUCAUCAAGGGGACCCAGCUUUUCCUCCGGAGGCAGAAGCUGCUCAAGACCACUGCCCAGUUUCCCGGACCCCCACCCCACUGGCUGUUCGGACACCUCUUCCAGAAUGAGUUGAGUCAAAGCAACUCAUGGAUAAAAUACUGCCCCUUUGGAACUCCUCUGUGGAUCGGAAGCUUCGCAGUCAUUUUCAACAUCUACCACCCGGAUUAUUUGAAAGUGCUGUUGAAACGAGGAGAUCCAAAGAACAAGGCGGCAUACCGGUUUGCUGUCCCAUGGAUUGGACACGGGCUCCUGAUCUUGAAUGGGGAAAAGUGGUUCCAGCACCGGAAGAUGCUGACACCAGGAUUUCACUACAGCAUCCUGAGACCCUACGUGAAGAUCAUGGCUGACUCUACCAAUGUCAUGCUGGACAAGUGGGAGAAGCUGACGGCCCAGGGAGAGACUUUGGAGCUGUUUCAGCACGUCAGCCUGAUGACCCUGGACACGCUCAUGAAAUGCUCCUUCAGCAACAACAGCAGCGGUCAGAAGGACAGUGACUCCAAAGCCUAUAUCCAAGCCGUGAACAACCUCACUUCCAUGGUCAGCCAGAGGAUCUUCAAGUUCUAUCAGCACAACAACUUCAUCUACUGGCUCAGCCCGCUCGGUCGAUGCUUCCGUCAGGCCUGCAAGACAGCCCACCAACAUUCAGAGCAAGUGAUUGCGGAGAGGAAGAAGACCUUGCAGAAUGUAUUCGAAUUGGAAACGAUUCAAGCAAAGAGGCACUUGGAUUUCCUGGAUAUCCUCCUCUGUGCCAAGACAAAGGAGGGCAAGGGGCUGUCCGACGAGGAACUGAGGGCCGAGGUGGACACGUUCAUGUUCGAGGGCCACGACACCACGGCCAGUGCCAUCUCCUGGAUCCUCUACGCCUUGGCCCUGUACCCCGAGCAUCAGCAGCGCUGCCGCGAGGAGGCCCAGGAGAUUCUGGGAGAACGGGACACCGUCCAAUGGGAAGACCUGGCCCAGCUGACCUUCACCACCAUGUUCAUUAAAGAGUCGCUGCGUCUCUACCCGCCGGUGCCGGCCAUUUCCAGAGAGCUCAGCUCGCCGAUCACCUUCUUCGACGGACGCUCUCUGCCAAAAGGCUCUUUCAUCAGGAUCCACAUUUAUUCCCUCCACCGGAAUCCUCUUGUAUGGAAGGACCCAGAGGUCUUCGACCCCCAGAGGUUCACCCCGGAGAAUAUAUCCCAGAGGCACCCCUACGCUUUCUUACCGUUCUCCGCCGGACCCAGGAACUGUAUCGGGCAGCAAUUCGCCAUGAAUGAGAUAAAGGUUUCCGUGGUCCAGACCCUGCUCCGCUUCCAACUCGAACCCGACCACUCCCGGCCUCCGGAGCCCAUCUCACAGCUGAUCCUCAAGUCCAAGACUGGCAUCCAUCUGCACCUCAGAAAGCUGCCCUAGCCCCCCAAAUCCUCAGACCUGUAUCGCAUCAGGCAGACCCACACGAAGGCCCCACCCCGCAACAAUCGAAGGUAACGGUAUCUAGAUUAACCCAGAGGAUGGGGGAGAUCUCUAACCCCUUCUCUCACCACCUGCCCCAGCCAAAAUUCAGUUCCCUUUGUCCGGAUCCACACCCUGGGUGACUUCUGGCCUGAUCCUCUGGUCCUCUGGCAGCCAAAAGGCCAAUUAAAUCAUCUCUUGUCUCCGCUCAUUGAA